CUCACGUGCCAAAUACGUGCCGAGCUCCAGCGCCCAAAACUCCCUCCCUGCCCUAGCCUCGCGAUUUCUUCUCGUCGCCUCCUCCCAGCGUCGCCUCCCUGGUCCCUCCCUCCUCCCAGCGUUGCCUCCCUGGUCCCGUCGCCUCCUCCCAGCGUCGCCUCCUCCGUAGUGCCAAGCUCCAGCACCCAAAACUCCCUCCCUGCCCUACCCUCGCGAUUUCUUCUCGUCGCCUCCUCCCAGCAUCGCCUCCUCCGCAGUGCCAAGCUCCAGCGCCCAAAACUCCCUCCCUGCCCUACCCUCUCGACGACCAGCGCCGCCUCCCUCCCUCCGACCUCCACUGCCGCCUCCUCCCAGCGUCGGGGACCUCCAGCGCCGCCCUCGUCGCCUGCAGCCUCGUCGCCUGUUUUGUUUAGAUACAAGAAAAAAAACAUGGCAUCUGGCUCUUCAUCAGCAUCAUCUUUCACUCGACGACGUAUGAAUGAUGAGCAAGGUGAAGCUCCUCACAUAUUAUGUAAUUGUGGGUUACGAGCUAUUCUUCAAAUAUCAUGGACAGAAUCUAAUCCAGGAAGACGAUUUUUUUUAUGUCCAAAAUAUAAACAAAGGGGAUGUGGCUUCUUCUCAUGGUAUGACCCAGAACCGUCAGAGAGAAGUAAGACAAUUAUUAACGAGUUGAAGAAGAAUAACAACAAAUUAAAGUUGGAGAUUAGUGAAUUGAAGAAAUGUACUAGUUACGAGGGUGGCGUUGAAUAUAAGGAUGUUCUGGAUGAUGUGAACAACAACCAUGUAAUAAUGCAGUUGAGUGAUGAAAUAUGUUCAUUGAAUAGGAAAUUUAGAGUUGCUAUUAGAGUUACUAUCGUUGUAGUUGUAUGUACUUGGAUUAUGAUGAUGAGUAUGUGGUUGAUGUAAUUUAUUUUUUAAUGUAACUUAUGUUGACGGACCUCUAGAAUACUGCAUUUCUUUGCAGAUUCAAACUCUAAUUAUUUUAACAUUUCUAGUAGUAUUUCACCAUUAUUGUAUCA